CUAUGACAUCGAGCAGCAGGAAAAAUUCUUGGGAGGGGGGAAAAAAGCGAGGUUUUUUGGACAUCUCUUAGGAAUAAACGCUGAGAAAGAAAACAAAGCAUGAACCUUCCUUGGCCAACGUGCAGUGCAAGGGGAGAAGGUGGUUCCGGUUCUUGCAGGACCGCAGCAUCUCGCAGGGCUCCGUGCACCAUUCCAGGUGACGGAGGGCUCCGUGCACCCAUCGCAGCCUCUUUUCAUCUGCCUGGAAUUGCAAGUGCGUGCACCGUGCCUGCUACGGGCUGCGGUGGAAAAUAGCUCAUGGGGGAGGAAACACACUCUCGUCUGUGCUAGCUGCUUGCCCAAAGGCUCUGGUCCAUGCGGCAGCAGAGAGAGGCAGGUUAAUUUUUUCCUCUCCUAGUUUUGCCUUCUCUUAAAGGCAUUGCCAUCUCCCCAGUUUGUUUGGGGAGAUAUAUCAACCUUGAUGCUCUUGUUUGACUCCCAAAAUGUGGUGGUGGGGAGCAAUGUGGGGCUGGUUUUCACCUGGAGCCUUGCUCGAGUAGCAGAGGGAGAGCUCCGUGAGCAUCUCCAACCCCAUCAUCUUCCCCAAAAUCCAUCCGCCCCUCCGAGGGUUGGGCAGCGCGCUGUCACUUAGUGUCUUAAAAUCCUUUCAGGCAGCCAAGAAAAAUAAUUUGGAGACUUUCAGAGGAAAAAAAAAAAAAAAUCAAACGUAAAGGCCAUCCUUAGGAGGCGUGAGUAAUAGCAUGUGACAGCUGAAACCAAGCCAGCAGCGCGAGCUCGACGUGAAUCCCAAACCGGCGAGUGCCGCUGCGCCCUCCCAGCCCCGCCUGCCUUCCCACCGCCCCGCUCCGCACCAGGGGCCGUGCCAGGAAGGAGAGCAGCCCCAGGGGCUUUUAAUUCAGAAAUGAAAUGUGUUCGUUGAAAGGUUCCCUCGUUGUAACCCCUUUGGCAUCGUGAGCCUCCCGGAGGGGGCUGGCCAACGCCGUGGGGAGCCACAAGCACGGCGUUGGGCUCCAAUGGACCGAGCCAUGGAGGUGCGACGGCGCUGGACCAUCCCACGUGUCCCCUUCUCUGGACGCCGCAGUGAGGAUGGUGACCGCCAGAGGAUGGGCAACUCGUGCUGCAGGAACCUGUAGCGCCCUGAUGUCGCUGGGGGAUGCUGCAAUCCUCACCGGAGCCGUGAAGCUGCCUCUGCCCCACGGGGCUGGGAGGAGGAGGACGGAGAGGGAGCCCAGCACCACGCAGCCAGCGAGGGGACAUCCCCAGCACCGUCUGACCCAGGUCCUCCCCGCGCUUGGCUGACCAAGGCUGGCUUAGAAGGCUCUUCCCUCUCCCAAGAAAAUGGGGACUGACAGUGAAAACCCAGUCCUGAGGAACAUGCUCAUCAGCUUCAACUUGCUCCUGCUGGGUGCCGUCCUCAAACCUUUCGAGUGCCGGUUGGAGGUGACAACAGAACCGGCCCAGAGGCCGGUGGUGGAUGAGGAGGGUGGCCUUGCCAACUGCAGCCCACCCAUCAAAGAGCAGCCCAUGGUCUUCCACCACAUCUACAACAUCAACAUCCCCCUGGACAGCUGCUGCUCAUCCAUGUUCAAGUCUUCGGCCGAGGAGGUGAGUUCAGAAGACGACCGGCUGGCAGAGUACGCGGAGCAGACCUCCGACAGCGAGAGCCAGGUCACCUUCACCCACAGGAUAAACUUGCCCAAGCAGGCCUGCAAGUGCUCCACCUCCCUCCCGUCCCUGCAGGAGCUGCUGAGCAGGAUUGAGAUGCUGGAGAGGGAGGUCUCCAUGCUCCGGGACCAAUGCAACUCCAAUUGCUGCCAAGAAAAUGCAGCCACAGGGCAGCUGGAUUACACCCCGCAGUGCAGCGGCCACGGGAACUUCAGCCUGGAGUCGUGCAGCUGCGUGUGCAUGGAGGGCUGGGCGGGCAGCAACUGCUCCGAGCCCCGCUGCCCCCGGGGCUGCUCCAGCCGUGGCGUCUGCCUGGAGGGUCAGUGCAUCUGCGACAACGACUACGGGGGUGAGGACUGCUCCCAGCUCCGCUGCCCCGCCGGCUGUGGCUCCCGCGGGCUCUGCGUGGAUGGCGAGUGCGUCUGCGAGGAGGGUUUCGCCGGGGAGGAUUGCUCCCAGCUGCGGUGCCCCCACGACUGCUCGGGGAAGGGCCACUGCGUCAACGGUACAUGCAUCUGCCAGGAGGGCUACGCCGGGGAGGACUGCAGGUGGCUGCACUGCCCCAACGCCUGCAGUGGCCGCGGGGUCUGCCAGGAUGGUCUCUGCGUCUGCGAGGAAGGCUACGAAGGGCAGGACUGCUCAGCAGUGGCUCCUCCCGAAAACCUGCGAGUGACGGGAAUCAGCGACAGCUCCAUCGAGCUGACGUGGGACAGCCCUGGGGUGGCCACAGAGUACGUCGUCUCGUAUCAGCCGGUGGGGCCGGGGGGCACCCAGCUCCAGCAGCGGGUGCCCGGGGACUGGAGCAGCAUCACCAUCACGGACCUCGAGCCGGGCGUUGCAUACAACAUCAGUGUCUACGCAGUCAUCAGCGACGUCUUGAGCAUUCCUGUUACCUCCAAGGUGAUGACCAACCUCGCCACGCCGCAGGGGCUGAAGUUCAAGACCAUCACAGAGACGACAGCGGAGGUGCAGUGGGAGCCCUUCUCCUUCCCCUUCGACGGCUGGGAGAUCAGCUUCAUCCCCAAGAAUAACGAGGGCGGUGUGAUCGCCCAGCUCCCCAGCACCGUCACCACCUUCAACCAGACGGGGCUGAAGCCAGGGGAGGAGUACACCGUCACCGUGGUGGCCCUGAAGGAACAAGCGAGGAGCCCUCCCACCUCCGACAGCGUCUCAACCCUCAUCGACGGCCCGACGCAGAUCCUGGUGCGGGACGUCUCCGACACGGUGGCCUUCGUGGAGUGGACGCCGCCGCGCGCCAAGGUGGACGCCAUCCUGCUGAAGUACGGGCUGGCGGACGGGGAGGGCGGGAGGACCACCUUCCGCCUGCAGCCCCCCCUCAGCCAGUACUCCCUGCAGGCCCUGCGCCCCGGCGCCCGCUACCGCCUGGCCGUCAGUGCCCUCCGGGGUGCCAACGAGAGCCGGCCGGCCCUCGCCCAGUUCACCACAGAGAUCGAUGCCCCCAAGAACCUACGGGUGGGCUCGCGGACGCCCGCCAGCCUCGAGCUCGCCUGGGACAACAGCGAGGCCGAGGCACACAGCUACAGGGUGGUCUACAGCACCCUGGCCGGGGAGCACUACCAUGAAGUCCUGGUGCCGCGUGACACCGGCCCCACCACCCGGGCCACCCUCGCAGAUCUGGUGCCGGGGACAGAGUACGGCAUCGGGAUUUCAGCUGUGAUGGACAGCCAGCAGAGUGUGCCAGCAACCAUGAACGCCAGGACCGAGCUUGACAGCCCCCGGGACCUCCUGGUGACAGCUUCCACAGAGACGUCCAUCUCGCUGACCUGGACCAAAGCCACAGGUCCCAUCGACCACUACCGUGUCACCUUCACCCCCGCCUCGGGUAUGGCCUCCGAAGUGACAGUGCCCCGGCACGAGUCGCAGCUCACCCUCUCGGACCUGGAGCCCGGGACGGAGUACACUAUCUCCAUCAUUGCCGAGAGGGGACGCCAGCAGAGCCUGGAAGCCACCGUGGAUGCCUUCACAGGGGCCCGGCCCAUCACGCAGCUCCACUUCUCCCAGCUGACGUCCUCCAGUGUGAACGUCACGUGGAGUGAUCCGUCCCCACCAGCAGACCGCCUCGUCCUCACCUACGGUGCCCGGGACGAGGAGGAGGCACAGCAGCUCACGCUCGAUGGCACCCGCAGGCACGCCAGCCUGACGGGCUUGCGGCCAUCCACCGAGUACCUGGUGUCGCUGAUGGCCAUGCAUGGUGCCAUUAGCUCCGAGCCUGUCGUGGAAUCCAUCACAACAGGGAUCGAUGCGCCGAAGGACCUCAGGGUGAGCAAUGUCACCCAGGAGUCCAUGAUCAUCUACUGGACCCCUCCCAUUUCUGCCUUCGACCACUACAGAAUAUCCUACCGUGCUGCGGAAGGGAGGACAGACAGCACCGCCAUCGCCAGCGAUGCCACCGAGUAUACCCUCCGCCGCCUGCAGCCAGCCACCAAGUACGAGAUCGGGGUGAAGAGCAUGCGGGGCCGGGAGGAGAGCGAGGUGUCCUCCAUCACUGUGCACACAGCCAUGGAUGCCCCCCUGGGCGUCACAGCCACCAAUGUCACCCCCACCGAGGCGCUGCUGCAGUGGAACCCGCCGCUGUCAGAGGUGGAGAGCUACGUCCUCGUCCUCACACGCCACGCAGUUGCAGGAGAAACAGUUCUUGUGGAUGGAGUCAACCAGGAGUACCAGCUGACCAACCUCCUGCCCAGCACCACCUACACAGUCUCUAUGUACGCCACCAACGGGCCUCUCACCAGCCAGACCAUCAGCACCAAUUUUACAACUCUUUUGGAUCCUCCAACAAAUCUGACUGCCAGCGAAGUCACUCGACAGAGCGCCCUGCUCUCCUGGGUGCCUCCUGUGGGAGAGAUCGAGAACUACAUCAUGACCUACAGAUCCACCGAUGGCAGCCGGAAGGAGCUGAUUGUAGAUGCCGAGGACACGUGGAUCCGCCUGGAAGGGCUUUCUGAGACCACAGAGUACACUGUGCGCCUGCAAGCUGCCCAACACGCCAUGCGGAGCGGCUUCAUCUCCACCACCUUCACCACAGGCGGCCGUGUCUUUGCUAACCCACAGGACUGCGCCCAGCACCUGAUGAACGGAGACACACUGAGCGGCAUCUACACCAUCUCCAUCAACGGGGACCUCAGCCAGCGGGUCCAGGUCUACUGCGACAUGACCACCGACGGAGGCGGCUGGAUUGUCUUCCAGAGGCGGCAGAAUGGACUGACCGAUUUCUUCCGGAAAUGGGCAGAUUACCGGGUUGGCUUUGGAAACCUGGAGGAUGAGUUUUGGCUGGGCUUGGACAACAUCCACAAGAUCACGUCCCAAGGGCGCUAUGAGUUGCGAAUAGACAUGAGGGAUGGCCAGGAAGCAGCGUACGCCUACUACGACAAGUUCUCCAUUGGUGACUCCCGGAGCCUGUACAAGCUGCGAAUCGGGGACUACAACGGCACUUCAGGGGACUCCCUCACCUAUCACCAGGGCCGCCCCUUCUCCACCAAGGACAGGGACAACGACGUCGCUGUGACCAACUGCGCCAUGUCCUACAAAGGGGCCUGGUGGUACAAGAACUGCCACCGCACCAACCUCAACGGCAAGUACGGAGAGUCCCGGCACAGUCAGGGGAUUAACUGGUACCAUUGGAAAGGCCACGAGUUCUCCAUCCCCUUCGUGGAAAUGAAGAUGCGACCUUACAACCACCGUAACAUCUCUGGGAGGAAGCGACGGUCCCUACAGCUCUGAGCCAGCUGAACCCCCUCCCACCUCCCGCCACCUGACCUUUUCUGUCAUUUGUUUGUAUUUUAUAAUAUGAAAAGGGGAAAAAAAAAUAAUUACUACUCGCCUGAGAUAGCAACCUGCCCCUCACGAGUGCUGGAGGGAACCACGGCACAAGCAAAGGCUGUGGGAAAGGAAAGAUCUCAUUGCUUUGCAUCUGUCCCAGAGAAAUACCAAAUUUCCAGUCUCCCUACCCCAAUACUCUGGCCCUUAACACGAGAAGAAAGAGAGAGAGAGAGACAGACAGAUUUUUGAUAUUUUUUUAAAAGACUUAGAAAUCCCCAGCAAACCCCAUUAGAAACAUUUGUCACGGGGCUUGUGGCAGAAACAUUCCCACAGGGACCUUGGUGCGGCCAUUUCCACCCCAGUCAUGGCCAGGGACACCUGCCCUCUCCCUGCCUCCCUGUCCCCUCCUGGGAAGGAGGUGCCAAGCUUCAUGCCAUCCUGUAGACACCAACUCUUUCAGCAGGCAGAGACCCGUCUCUCCUCGUGGCCAAGGACACACAGCCUGGUCGUCCCUCCCCUACAUGCAGUCACUGUACACAUGGAGACAAAGGGAGGAUGAGCAAACACAAGGCUCAUCCCAUCCCCAGUUUUCACAGAUCACACCAGGAAUGCUUGGUGAACAUCACGUGCAUGUGCAGGUGAACUCUAGAAAACCCACAGCUCAUGUCUUGGCACCACCACAGCCAAAGUCAUCCUCAUGUACAUGAGGUGCAGGGGAACAAGAGCUGCUCCACUGACCCCAACCUGCAUCAUCCACUCCUCCAAGCUGAAUUCACCCCACUCCAGGGACAUGCCAUCUGCCUGGGUUAUGCUGAGCUUGAUGGAGAAAAAAGGAGUCAAAUUCGAGGACUUGGGAGAAAAAUCACUGCUUGUGGUCUUGAAGUCUACGGCCCAGUUCCUCUGCUAUUUCUAUAUGCCACCGCGCUGUCUCUCACAGAGAUCAUUGGACCCAAACCAAAGCAUCUCAGAGAAGGAGCAGCAACCAAAAGAGCUGUCACACAACCACAGCCCAGACAGCAGCCAGCACAGCCCAGACAGCAGCCAGCACAGCCCAGGUGCUCUUGUUCAGGGACCUCCACGCACAUGGGAAGGAUGAUGACGCAGCCAAGGGAAGACAAGUGCAAGCUGAGAAACGCCCGUUCCCUUCCUUCUUCUAUACCAUCCCUCUUUGCCGCCAUCACAAGAGGGACUCAAAUCUCAGUGCCUUGGUACCACCAUCUCUCUAACAGGUAACCGUUUCCCCUCCUGGAAGGAAAGCUUAGUCCAUUCAGAUUUUGGAGCGCUUCAAGACUCUUGGAAGAAUAGAUGAGUUUACUCUUCCCAUCCUUAACUUCUCCCAUCUUAAGGACAAUGGACCCUUCAGAUAGCUUUGGCUGCUCUCUGUUGUCAUUGACAUCACCUCUGUGUAGCACAAAUGACCACUACGCUGGAGUCACUCCCCUGCCAAGGGCUCUGAUCAAUGCUGGGCAUUGUCACUGGCCUGGUCUCGGAGAAGGGACUCGUCCCCACAUCCAAGGACAAUGCAGCUCAUCGCUGGAUUCGCAGCCAAGGGAGCAUUACAAAUGCUAAACACUGCUUUUUUUUAUUUUAUCACACUGAAGCUGCUUUGUCUCAAGAAACAUCUUCCAGAUGGCAACAUAAAGGCAUCUUUGCAGUAGCUUAUAAUUCAGGCCAGUGUCUCUUUCAUGGUCAUGCUCCUGGAUUUUUUGACGUUACUCACCACGGCUGCAGAGCUGAAGAAGGGCAUUAAGUGGGAAACGCAGCCUCAUUGUCCAUGCCACAUACUGGCACACGAAAUCAUAGCUAACCCCAAGGGCAGGAUUAGAUACGGGGUCCAGCCCUUCAAGUGGUCAGCUUACAAGCUGCAGUCUGACCUGGAGGAAGGAUGCUGUAGCUCAGCAACAUCUCAUAUGCAAAUGAGGGAUCUCUUCUUACUUCCCAUCAGCAUCAAAUCAGGCAACAAGUCCACCAGCUGAGGAACAGGUCAGAGAGGCUGCAGAUGAUGGGAUCCCUUGCAGGACAUGGCCAGUGUCUCAGAUGGCAGUAUCUCAUGCCUUCUGAGCAACCCGUCCUGUUUUAGGUCCCAAAAGCCAAGCAGCAGACAAAACUGAUUAAAAAUUAAGAAGCCUCCUAGUAGACCAGCAGAGUAAUAUUUUUCCCAACAUCACCAAGAGUUUAGAGGCAAGAAGCGUCCUAACAAAAGCACUAUAGUGCAGUGUUAGAAGCAGAAGCAGAGAUUGGCAGUGGAUGGCGUUCAUCGCCUGUCUCGGAUGGUGCUGUUUGCUUAUCUACCCAGGUGAAAGGAAGAGACGUCAGUGGAAACACGGGAGCUCAUCAUUCACAAUCAAGUGGAAGGCAAGAAACUUCUCUUUUCAAAAGUACAAGUCAAACAGAAAAUCAAAACAUGCCAAGCUUUUCCAGGAGCUUCAAAAGAAGAUCUUCAAAAAGGCUGAUUAUUCUCUAAAUAGAUUUCCUGAUGUACGUCCCUCCCUCCCUGCUUAUGUCUGUCACCCCUUUUAUAAGUCCUGUAAUGAUGAAAGGUCCGGUUAAUUCAACCAUCAUCGAGUCUGAAGGAUGCCCUUGGAGAUAAUAUCCAACCUUCCAGCGCUGCUAUAUACCAAUGCUGGUCCUUGAUCUCAAACACGGUACCUUUCCAUUACCUUGAUGAAAUGCAGUUGCUAAAAAUCUUUUAAAGGAAAGACAUCUACACGUGGUGGUUUUGUUCUCCUGGUCAUAACCUAACUCAAGCCUAGGCAAACAAUCAGCAACAACAACCCGGUCAUUUGGCCACUGUCCCUUGUUCACAUUGUCCAUCUAUGAGAUACAAUUUUCCAGAAAUUUCUUUUUCACCAUUGCCUGAUGAAUUUUUUUGGACAGAGCUCCUGCCAGCAGUUUCAAGCAAAUUUGUGCUUAAUGUUGAUGCUACAGAACAGCCAGGUGAUUAAGUACAGUCUCUCUUUACCCUCCAUCACUGGUUGGGCAAGCCCUUUUUCUGAAUUCAUUCUCCAACCAGACCAAGUUUGGCCCUGUCCCCCAUCAGUGUAGCACUGAGACUGAAGGAAGUCUUGGCAACAGGCCUGAAAUUCCCAGAAACCCAGCCUGGAUCCCACGCAGCGCUCAUCUCAAGAGACCUUGGCUCCAGCACAUGAACCAUCACUGGGCUCUGGUGGCUCUUCGGCCAUCCAGCUCACACGGGUCAGGCUCGCUCCAGACCCCAAAACAAAUCUGAAGCUGUUACCCAAACCACACUAUGCACUGCGAGAUGCCAACUCCCAUAACAUCAAGCAAGGAGAAGCACGUCAGGUCCUUCACCCAGCAGAGCACCAUGCAUGCCCAGGACCCCCACAGCCUUUCAAAGUCACCUCUUUUUCUAACCUGGAAGGAAACACCAAGGGACUCUCUCAUCUCUCACCCAAUUUUGUUUUUCCUCUGUUUCCAUUCCUGCCAGACCUCCAAGUCCACCUUUCCACCACACACUGCACUAAAACAUAACCAAAGAAAAAAAAAAAAAAAAAGAAAGAAAGAAAGAAAGAAAGAAAGAAAGAAAGAAAGAAAGAAAGAAAAAGGCCUGAAAGGAAAAGCUGCUUUAGUGAAGAGAUCCUUAAGACAGCAUUUAUAAACAAGCAAUUUGGGGGAAGAAAGAGGCCAGGCCUUCCCCAAAGUAGCUGGGUUUUGGAAGAAGGAUGCUGGAAGAGUCUCAGAGCCACACAAAGGUUGGGAAGAAGCCUUUGCUUCUAACUCCUUAUCUUUGCAUUACUUUACCAUGGGUAUCUCAAAGCAUAGUACCAGCCUACUUGCCCUCUUGCCCCAACCUCUUACCUCCUUCCCAAAGUGAUGCUUACCCCAGGUGAAGCAUUGGCGCGUGGAAAGCACAGGUCACGCCACUUUCAUCCCCAGUGUUGCGGCAGGUGAGGACGAGAGCAGUGGUGUCGCCUUGCUGGGGUGGCCCUGUGCCCACAACAGGCUUAGACUGACCUGCCAAAAUACAGCAGGAGCCAAAAUGCCCCCCCGGUGCAUCACCUCCACGGCAGCACAUGCCCUUCAUCCAGACCCAGAGCCACCCUCCAGGCACAUCCCCACCGUCACACCCCGGGGUGACCACGGACCCCCUGCCCUGUGCUCCUCAGCAAUGCCCACAAGCUUCGACCUUACCAGACACUGUCAAAGAGCCCUCACUGCCCCCCAAAAAACCAACUUUAAAUCAUGCUUACACCCUCUAACGAAGGGCUCUGUCCCAGGGCCAAGCAAGAAGCCCAUCCCUGUUUCUGCCAACCGAGCACCCUAGGAUGGCCAUCAAACCCAACUGAGCCCCCUGGGGACCACCAGUACCCUCCAGGGUCACCUUCCCCCUUCCUUAAACCUGAUGGUACCCAGAUGGUGGUGGCAGCUCCUCGCCCCUUCCAGGGGAGAGGUUUGGGGUAAGGGCUGGGGAGAUGCUGAUGCCCAGACCCACCUCGGUACCCAGCCCACAGCUCUCCAGGUGUCAGUGGUUUCUCAGAAGGAUGGUGACACAAAGACCUAAACAAACAAACGAGCAGCCCCCUGUGUACAGGUGUUACCCUGAAAUUAUGUUUAUUACUUAAAAAAAAAAAAAAUUAAAAAACAUAAAUAAGAAGGAAGAUCUGAUGAACUCAAACACAAACCAAUGCAACCAAAUGAGGGGGAAGAUAAAAGCAAAUAAAUGCAUAAAUAAAAUAAAUAAUAUAAAUAAAUAAUAUAUUAAAACAACCCUCCCUGCCCUUUAAUGAAAACGUAGCUCGGAGAAUGGGAUCGACGCUUGUUAACCAUUGUUAACUAGUAUUUUUAGUCCUGACCGCUCUUAGGCUAUGUAUAGUUCCUUUUUUUAAUGCAUUUUCUAUACAUUAAUAAAAGAUA